AUUUUCAGUGUUGGCUUUGUGUAUUUCAGUGUUUGCCGCUCGCUGUCACACUUGAUUCCGGUUAAAUAAUAUAUUCCAAAAAUGUUUCUGGCACGCAAUUUCACUAAGGCAGCACGCGCCGUCAGCUUGCGGGGCAAGCAUACAUUGCCUAAGCUGCCCUACGAUUAUGCCGCAUUGGAGCCUAUUAUUAACCGUGAGAUUAUGGAGCUGCAUCAUCAGAAGCAUCACCAGACCUAUGUCAACAAUUUGAAUGCCGCCGAGGAGCAGCUGGAGGAUGCCAAGUGCAAGAGCGACACCACCAAAAUUAUUCAAUUGGCGCCGGCUUUGCGAUUCAAUGGCGGUGGCCACAUAAAUCACACUAUCUUCUGGCAGAAUCUCUCGCCCAACAAGUCGACGCCCAGCGAAGAUUUGAAGAACGCCAUCGAGUCGCAGUGGAAGAGCUUCGAUGAGUUCAAGAAGGAGCUUAGUGCGCUCACCGUAGCCGUGCAGGGUUCUGGCUGGGGCUGGCUGGGCUACAACAAGAAGACAAACAAAUUGCAGCUGGCUGCGCUGCCCAAUCAGGAUCCGUUGGAGGCCUCCACCGGUCUCAUUCCCCUGUUUGGAAUCGAUGUCUGGGAGCAUGCCUACUAUUUGCAGUACAAGAAUGUGCGUCCCUCGUAUGUUGAGGCGAUCUGGGAAAUUGCCAAUUGGGAUGACAUCUCGUGCCGCUACCAGGAGGCCAAGAAGCUAUCCUAGGCGCGCAAUACUCAAUUGUCUUUAUGUUAAAUGUGUCGUAUAUGCAGCCGCAGGCUCUGAAUGUAGUCAAAAAUUUCGGCCAAUAAAUUGGUGACCAAUGAA